UGAACAUGGUUAGAGGUAGGGUCAGAGAUGUGACCCAAUAAUCUCAGUGAUCGAGGCGGGAUUUGUGCCUGACAGGGUCUAAUCGGGGUUAAAAGAACGUGUCAAAAAGCAGCGACGUGAUUGGCUGAUGCGAUCCUGGCGGGGCUUUGUAAAGUUCACUGUGGUUCUAAGCUAAAGCAACAGAUACUGAAAUUGUGACUCUGUCGCGAUGUUUUCUGUGACAACGAGCACGAUCGGACACACAGAUAACAUCUGAUGGACGGAAAGAGAUGCGUGUUUAUGAAAUUCAUGUGUCGUUUUGUUCUUUUGUGAGUUAGCCAGCGCUAAGCUAACGAGUAGCGCCCUGUUUGUCAUUCCCUACAGCUGUAUGUUAGCUAGCUAGCAACUCUGAACCGACAUGAGCUCUAUACGGGAAAUCAAACAGCUGCAGAAAGCAAAAAACAAAGCCCAGAGCAACAGCAACUUAAAAGAGGAAGCCAAUAUCUGCAAUCAGCUUGGAGAACUGCUGUCCAGGAGUGGUGAUUAUGAAGCUGCCAUUAGGGAGCACCAGCAGGAGCUGGCUCUGUCCGAGGUGCUUAAUGAUGUGAUUGGACGAGCUGUGGCCAAUCGCAAGAUAGGAGAGUGUUACGCAGAGAUGGGAAACAUCGAGGCUGCUCUGAAACACCAGCGUUGUCACCUGGACCUGGCUCGCUCCGUCAGAGAUCAUGCUGAAGAGCAACGAGCUCUGGCCACUAUUGGUCGAACCUACCUCUUCCGUUAUGAAUCGGACCAAUCCAGGAGCAGUUUAGAGCAAGCGGAGGACGCCUUCAGGAAGAGCUUGGCCAUUGUGGAUGACCGCCUGGAGGGGACUGUGCCAGAGCGAGAGAUCAGUGAGAUGAAGGCACGUCUCUUCCUCAAUCUUGGUCUUGUCUGUGACCACCUAGGAGAGACCAAACGCUGCAGCGAGUUCAUCCGACGAAGUGUCUUCAUUGCUGAGAGGAGCCAGCUGCUGGAGGAUCUCUACCGCGCAAACUUUAACCUCGGCAACAUCUACUUCCGUAACGGUCAACACUCCAACGCUGUCCGCUGCUUAGAGCAGGCCAAAGAGUGCGCCAGGAAAAUCAAAGACAAGUUCAGCGAGAGCGAGUGCUUCCACUGCAUCGGCAAGGUGCAGCUCAGUCUGGGUGAUUUUGUAGCAGCCAGACGAUCUCUGAAGAAAGCUCUUUUACUGGGAUGUCAGCAGCCGCUGGACAGACAGGCAGUGAAGAAAGUUUUCAAAUAUGCUGACCAUGGCUGUAAACUGGAGGAGGAGCUGGGGGAAGAUCAGGGCAGAAGACUCGGCUCACAUCAGGCUGUGGAGCUGGCUGAGCAGCUGGGGGAUCUCUAUUGUAAGAUCGGCUGUUUCAGCAAAGCUCUGGAUGCCUAUCAAGCUCAGCUAAAGGGUGCUGAAGCUUUAGGGAAGCCUGCCAGGGAGCUGGCUGUCAUCCACGUGUCCCUGGCUGCGACCUACACAGACCUGAGACAAUACAGCAAGGCGGUGGAGCACUACAGAAAGGAGCUGACGUUACGACAGGGCAGUUCGACUGAGGAGUGCAGCACAUGGCUGAACAUUGCAACAGCUCAGGAUGAGAGCGGCUGUGCCUUUGAGGACGUAGACAGCAGCUAUAGAGCAGCGUUACGCUGCGCUCAGACGUCUGGGCAGGCAAGACUGCAGAAACGUGUGCUGAGGCUCUGGCUGGCGUCCCAGAGACGAAGUGGCUCAUCAAACGCUGAUGACACCGAGGCGAGGCUGCGGGAGCUGUGUGCUUCAGAGGGCUGGAGUCCAGAUGGGAGCGAUGGUGAAGAGGAUGAAGAGGAGGAGAUGGAGAACAGUGAACCUCUGGAUGAUAGUGAUGUCAAUCUCUCAGACUCAGAUGAUGACUUGGAGGGUUAUGACAAGAUGGUGUCAGGAAGGAGGAAGGCGGGAAGGUGGAACAAGAGGAAUGAGAAGGGCGAGACGUCUCUGCACAGAGCAUGUAUAGAUGGAAACCUGAAGCAGGUCCAGUAUCUGGUAGAACAGGGUCACCCAGUGAACCCGAGGGACUAUUGCGGCUGGACUCCCCUUCAUGAGGCCUCUAACCACGGUCACUAUGAUAUUGUAGCCGUGCUGCUGGAGCGCGGCGCUAACAUCAAUGACCCCGGUGGCCCCUUAUGUGAGGGAAUGACCCCUCUGCAUGAUGCCCUCGCUUGUGGCAAUUUAAACGUUGCAAGACUCUUGGUGGAAAGAGGGGCUUCUGUUAAGCAGUGCAACUCCAAGGGUGAAACUGCCUUGGACACCUUGCGUCAAUGGCAGAGGAUGUACAGCAGGGAACUGGACCAGGACACCAGGCAGGAGUGUAUCAUUACAGAGAGACUGCUGAGGAAGUCUUUCGCAGGGGGAGUGCCUGCUGCUCCGGCCCCGGCCAAGCCUUUUGAUGCUCUGCAGGACAGCCAGCUUUUUGAUGCAGAGAACUCUGAGCCGCUGACGUCCACUGGAGGGGGCUCUUCCUCCAGCCAAGACUGGCCCCGAAACAGGAGCUCGGAGGUGAAGGCAGCAGCCGCCAGUCCCAAACGGGGGCAGAGCAGUGGCUCAACACAGCGCCACAGAGCCAGAGGGACAGAGGAUGCUGUUCUGUAUGGGAUUAACAGCAGUUGCUCAGAUGACAGUGACUCUGACUGCCCGGUCAGUCCUCUCCGUCCAGUCCGCCCGAGGAACACAUUCCCAGCAGCCCAGAGUCAAAGAGAGGCUCCUUCAAACAAGGAACCUGCCUCAGUCCCCAGCGCAGGUCCAGAAAGUACCAGAGAGGCCCCUGCAGCUUCUGUCUUCGCACGAGAGGAGUACCACAGCGCCAUCCGAGGCUUAGGAAGCGCCAAAAGUCGCCUCCAAGGCCUCUCGCAGCCUCCGUUCUCCAGCACACCCGAUAUUUCAUCCAGCAGCAAAUCGGCUCUGGUUCCCGAGGAAGAGUAUCUGGCUGAUGACUGGUUGGAGGACGAUUUGGGCGAAGUCCAGCCGAAGAAGAAGAGGAGGCUUCGAAUGGAUCAGAACGGAACAAGAGGGGAGGAAACCGCUUCGAUGUCGGCAUCCAGAGGCCAAAACAAGCAGUUAAGCUCAGACUCAGCCUGCAGAGGUUCCGCAGUUCACUCUGGCUCCAGCAGGAGUCUCUCUCAGAAAAAGAGCAGCUCACAGAGGAAUCACCAGGUGAAAAUGACUCAGAUGCCAGGGAUGGUCAGGUUGGGCAGACGGGAGGUCAACAGGCCUCACAGUCCCACCAUCAUGGACGAUGAAGACACGAGACCUGACACACCUCCACCGCCCCCACAGAUACACAGCCAGCUCAGAAACCAGCCUCCGACUCAGUUGCCUCCACCAAUCAGAAUGAGGGUGAGGGUUCAGGAAGAUGUGUUCCUCAUUCCGGUUCCACAGAGUGAAGCCGACUCGUGCACUGUGUCGUGGCUGUGUGAGCAGGCAGCUCAGCGUUACUACCAGAAAUGUGGCCUCCUGCCUCGUCUGUCGCUGCAGAAGGAGGGCGCUCUGCUCUCCCCACAGGACCUGCUGCUGGCCGUCCUUCACACCAAUGAAGAGGUCCUGGCUGAGGUUUGCUCCUGGGAUCUCCCUCCUCUCCCUGAGCGCUACAAGAAGGCCUGUGACAGCCUGGCAGUGGGCGAGAACAAGCGCGUCACCCGCCUGUGUGAGGUCCAGGAUGGGAGUUCCUCCGUAUCGGUGUGUGGCCUCAGUUUGGAUUCCUCUUCACUCAGCCCUCUCCUCCGAGCCCUAAAACUUCAGGCCAGCCUCACCGAGCUGCGUAUUUCUGGCAACCGUCUUCCCGACAACCUUCUCCCUGAGCUGGUUGCAACAACAGUCACGAUGCCUCGGCUUCGCCUGCUGGACAUUUCUGCCAACUGCAUUACAGGGGAAGGGCUGGAGAAGGCCGUCAAUGCUUUAAAGGCACAUAGUCAUCCUGCGUUUCCGUGCCUGGAGGAGUUGGACCUCAGUAUGAACCCGCUCGGUGACGGCGUGUCCGAGUCUCUGUCCUGUCUGCUGUCCUGCUGCCCCGUCUUAGCCAAGCUGUCUCUGCAGGCCUGUGGUCUCACUGCUCGCUUCCUUCAGCAGCAUCGACUGCUGCUGGCAAACGCUCUGAUGGGCACGGGCCACCUGAAAUCAGUGUGCCUAUCCCACAAUGCACUGGGCUCCACCGGCUUUGAGCUGGUGUUGAAGACUCUGCCCCUGCACUGUCUCACACACCUGGACCUGUCUGCUGUCCGUCGGGGUCCUGCUGACUCUCCAGCACUGGAACAUCUCACCAAAGUCCUGUCGCAGGACGACUGCUCUCUGACUCACCUGAGUCUGGCAGGAAACGGGUUGACAGACAGCACUGUAGCCGCCUUGGCCAGGUGCCUGCCGUCGUGCCCGACCCUGGUGAGUCUGAACCUGUCAGGAAACCCGUCUGUUACGUCAGCAGGACUUCACAGCAUCCUGGGGUCCAUCAGAGAGGCUUGUCGACCGCUGACGCUUCUAAACCUCCAAGGUUGUCAGGUGUCUGGCCCCUGGGACAGUGAAGGUCUGGACGGUUUGUCAGAGCUGGUCCAGGAUCUCCGUCUUUGCUCUCAGGCUCUGAACAAGCUGGACCGACAGGCGUUAAAGCAGAGCUGGGACAAGAGUCAGUCAGACGGAAACUUCCUGGACCGAAACGCCAAAUGCCUGCUCUCUGCUGCUUCCUCCUCAUGAAGACGGUGAGCUUCACAUGAUGACUGACGCAAACUUUUGAGCCAAUUUCUAUAAUAAUGUAGCCAUUUUUAUUUUUAAAAAAAAACUUUUGUUCUGUGAAAGCUUGAAGCUACACACAACAGAAAUAACAGGCACUAAAGCACACAGUGACAUGGUUCCAUAUAUUCUGUGUAAAUAGCUCAUGUGUUUCAUUUAUUUUGUGCGUCCUAUUUAUGUGUACAUGUAAAAGUCUUAUGCGAAAAAAGAUAGCCAUGUGUUUGUGUUGUCAUAGCUGUUUGUCCUGAGACCGAUUAAUUAUUGUAUGAUUUGAUUUGAGAAGACAAAUUAAAGUGACUCACGGUA